AUGUUGGUUUGGGAGUGUGAAAAUUCCAACAUCGAAUUUUUUUACUGCAAAGACUGCAACUUCCACACAGAAUUGACGGUCCUUUUUAAACAACACGUGACAAAGUUUCACGCAUCGAGGAAAAAACAACGAAAAAAUGCGUACUCCAUCCAAAAGUACAUUUGUGAUCAGUGCAGCUUUGAAACACACUUCGUGCUCAAGUGGCUUCAACACGUCACACGAUGUUUAAAAAACAACGAAAAUUGGAACACAUUUAAACGCAAAAACGUGUCCAUAUACUGGUAUCAGUGUCAAAAGUGUCCCUACAAAAGUAAAGAUUUUUCCAAUUUGAAAAGACAUAUUAACAUACGGCACAUAAACGAAGACGACGUUAAAUGGUUUGAGUGUAAAAAGUGUCCAUACAAAGCUAAACAAAGUUCGAAUUUGAAGUGCCACAUAAAUGCGUGUCAUUUGGACGUGGAAGAAAUCAAAUGGUAUAUAUGUGAAGUGUGUUCUUAUAGAGCUAAACAAAAAGGGAAUUUGAGGAGACACAUAAAUACGCAUCGUCGGCGGCGGGAUAAAUGUGGACAGGUGCAGCUGAACAGUCCACGAAAGUGUAAAUUGAAAGAACACGAAUGUGCAAAAUGUGCGUACAGAAGUUGUUAUACGUCGAAUUUAAAACGGCAUAUAAAUGCCCACCAUUUGAAGGGACAGGAGAUUAAGUGGUAUAAGUGUGAAGUGUGUCCUUAUAAAGCUAAACAACAUUCUAAUUUAAAAACUCAUGUAAAUAUGGUCCACUUAGAUAAGCAAUUGGAGCUAUAA